UGAAAUCGAAUGGAUCGAAUGGCGACAAAUGUUAGGAAGGGUGUGCUGUUACUACAGACUACUAUAUUGAUAAUGAUCUGCGAGUGCUGAUCUUAUGCAACUAAGCGUUUAGAAAAAGAUUUAGAUAUAACAUUCUCAAGUACCUAACUCAUAAUCGGUGUUUUGUCUGAGUUAAAUCAGCAAAGACUAUCGGCCUCCAGCCUGUCCUGCCGGCUGCACGAUGACGCCUCCUGCUGCGAUCACGGAGGCGAUACAGCGCCAAAAGUCUGUGGCUGGCGUCCGACUGGAUGCCUACUACAAGCAGCUGCUGGAGCUGUUCGAGGAGAUAGGAGUCCCUGAGACAGACUGGGAGGGGCGUCUGGGGAACAUCUGGGGACAUGUUGUCACCACCAUGCAGGAGGAGGUGGAGGAGGAGAAGCGGCGCGUGCGUCACCUCACGGACAGUAUCGAGGAGAACGGCCGGCAGCUGCUGAAGCUGGCCUCACUGCUGGGCCGUGUGGUGGACGAGCCGGACGAAAACCUCAGCCUGCUGCAGCUGGACAGGCUGCUGCGCGAGCGGCUGCAGCAGCUGCAGCUGGAAAAGGAGAAAAUCACCGCACAGAUGCAGACGCUCCGGGACGAGGAGGCGGUGCUGUGCUCUCAGCUCGGUAUCCCCACACUCACCCUGGCCGCCGAGGUCCCGCAAGACGCCGACUUCCGCGAGAUGCGGGAGCACCUGGCGCACAUGCGGGCCACGCGCCAGGAGCGCCAGGCGACGUUCGAGCGUCUGCGUCAGCGUCUGUUCCCGCUGCUGGAGGCGCUGGAGCGGUGUGCGGACGGCGAGCUGGAGACCCAGGUGGUGUGGGAGGCGGACGACUGCCGUCUGCCGCUCACCACCGAUAACCUGGAGGCCAUGGAGCGCCGCCUGCUGGCGCUGCAGGCGGAGGAGGCCGCCAACAAGGCGGAGGCGGAGAAACUGCGCGCCCGGCUCGGACAGCUGUGGGCCAGGCUGGAGGUUCCGGAGGACCGGCGCGCCAGCGUGCUCGCCUCAUGCACGGGUCACAAGCCGAGCACGCUCCACCUGCUGAGAGAGGAAGUGAACAAGCAGGAGGAGCUGAAGCGACAGAACGUAGAGAAGUUUGUGCGCGCGCUGCGGGUCGAGAUAGCGGAGAUGUGGGAAAAGUGUUUCUACUCAGCGGAGCAGCGGGCAGCGUUCGACGGGUACCACAGCACCACUUUCACCGAGCAGCUGCUGGAGGAGCAUGAGGAGGAGCUGGAGCGGGUCCGGCGCUACUACGAGACGAACCGCGUACUCAUCAAGGACGUCAACGACCACCAGAAGCUGUGGACCAAGAUGAUCGAGCUCGAGGACCGCGUCAACGACCCGGCCAGAUUCUCCAACCGCGGCGGGCAGCUCCUGCUGGAGGAGAAGGAGCGAAAGAAGAUCGCGCGCCGCCUGCCCAAAGUGGAGAGCGACCUCCAGCAGCUGAUCCAGAGGUGGGAGUCGCAGCACAACGCCACAUUCCGGGUGUUUGGGUACGAUUUCGCUGCCUAUAUCGAACAACAGAAAAAGGAGUACAACGAGCGCAAGGAGCAGGAGCGUGAGGAGCGCGCUAACAAGAAGGCCCACCAGCUGGAGCACGAGACCAUGUUCGGCGCGCGUCCCGUGACGCCUGCCAAGCGUCGGGCGGGCGGCGCCACUGAGCGCGGCUCACCCUCCAAACACCGGCGGCUGGAGUCGACCCGCCUGGGCUCUCAGCUGCGCGCCGCCUCGCCCGGCCUGGGCCGCAGCGCCCGCACGCCGCUCUCGCUCUUCAACCCGGCCUCCAUCAACAGGCUGCCGUUGACUCCCAUCCAGGAUCGCCGCGUGCUCCGCUCCAAGGACGUGGCCAUGGCGCGCACGGCUCCCGGAAAGCUGAGCGCGCGCAACGUCAGUCUGUCGUCGGACAUGUCGUACGCCGAGUUCACGCGCGGCCUGCGCCGACUGCAGGCGGCGGCCGCUGACACGUCGCCGGCCGUGCGCGCCUCCACCCGCAGUCGACGCCGCUCGCAGCGUCUGGGCGGCCUGCCGCCGGCACCGGUCGCCCCGGCCGCCGCCGCCGGCGCUCGCACGCCCCGCACGCCGCGAACGGCCGGAGGUGUGGCCGCCAAGUCGCCGGCCCGCUCGGCGGCGCGGCCAGCUCUGACCCCGCGGCGCCGCAGCCGGCUCGGCCUGCCGGCGCUCUUCUGAGCGGCUGCCGGAGGCGGACUGGAGCACCGUUCGCUCAGAGCGGUACGGCGCCGCGCCGCGGACUCGGCGGCGGCUCCGAGGGACAGACGUUACGGCUUGGCUCCCCGGGUGACGGACGGGUCGGUCCGGAGCCCCGCUGGUGAGGGGACGGGGUGGGGAGGGGGGGAUGAGUGUGAUUGUUGAGGGGUUAGCGCGUUUGCGGAGGGGGGGGGGGAGGUGAUCUGUGGAUGGGUGUGAUUGUUUGGGGGGAUACGUGAAGAGAUCAGGAUUUGGUGGGGUGAGCGCGGUGUUGUCUCAGCCACCUCGCCGAGCUGCAGUACGAGAAGGUCAACUGUUGCCUUCCUAGACUCUCCGUUGGUGUACGGCAGAGUGCCGAGCUGACGUCACCAGAGGUUUGUGACGUCACCCACGUCAGCUGAUGUCCGCUGGCCAGUGUGUGUGAUGUGAACGAGCAAGGGGACGGCGUGGGCGCGCGGACGGCUGCCUAGUGCGAUGGCUGUUUUGUACAGGGUGCCUUCCGUAACAGACCUGAAGUAUGAAUGUGUUAUGUUAAAACAACCUAAAGUAGGAGAUAGACGGAAAAUUAACGAUUUCGUGUAACGGUGGAUUAGUGGCUUAUUGUAAUCAGAACGUGGUCGUUUGUCCAGUCAGCGGCUGAGUGCUAUGCGUAGCGUUUUACGCUAUUUUAAGGUAAAUUCUAUCUGCUAAUGUAGGAGCAGCUUCUUGUUUUAGCUGUGAAUGGAUUCUUUAUGCUUAGUUCUAGUAUUAUCUUCCGCAUGUCUGUCCUUUUCCAUUUUAACAAGCAGCUUCGCGCGCGGUGUAUCAAGUCACCAUUUAGAAAUAAAUAACUACAUUUC